CCUAGAUCUGUAUCGAGCCAACCGCCCCAGCGUUCACACACAGUGUUCCAUUCCAGUUAUCUCUCUCUUCUCUGUUGGUUGAGGAUUAGUGCCCGCCGAGGAGCCUACUUUGGUCGUAGUGACAUCCCCCCCUUCGUUCGUUCAUCGCGCGAAGAUCAUCGUUCAUUCAUCGCCGAUCAUCGACACUGUCUAUCGCGGCUUUCUAUCGCAUCGCAUCGCGUUUGGAGUUUCAAACCGCCGUCAAGGGGUGUGCAGUACAGUACCGUCGUUUAACCGUUUAACAUCGUGUGUGUCUCUCGUUGUGUUCGUUAGUCUGCCAAGUGACGACCCUAGAGUGAGUGUCCUGAGCUGCCCUAGCCUAGCAACGCCUACCCGGAUUUUUCGUCGUGUCCUUUCAGGAGAAAAGUUAUUUUCUGAAAGAAAUCCUUGGAUUAAAUCUCGGAUAAGUGAUUUUGAUUGAAUCAAAAGUGAUUGACAAAAAAAAGAAGGAAACCUUCCAAGUGAUAUUUCCGGUCCAUUUUCAACAGGCCGAAAUAAAAAGAGCGAAGAAGUGAACCCAAAAAGUGCGAAAAUUUCAACCGCCGUAACGUUGUGUGCGUGAAUUUUCUGCCAGAUUUCUGCCCGAGUCCCGAAGAACACACAUCGCAUCCCGAGAGAUAAAAUGGCCACAGAAGUCGAGAACAAGCCUCUGACCGCCGCCGCCGGCGAGGAGGAGAAGAAGACCGAGCAGCCAGCGGCUGUCGCGGCCGAAAAGAAGGCCGACGAUGCUGCUGCGCCCACCGCCGCCGCCGCCAGUGCCGAGGGUGGUGACAAAAAGGAGGGUGAGGCCGCGGCCGCCGGAGAAAAUCACGCCGCCGGUGGCGGAGACGCUGGUGCGGGUGGCGAUGGGGCGGCGGCCGGUUCCGGCACGGAGCAAGCCGCGGCCGCUGCUCCGGCCAAGAAGGAAAAGGAAGUGAAGCCCACCGUGCACAAGGCCAACUUCGAGAAGGACGUCGUGUACCUGUACCAGUUCACGCGCACGCCACUGCUGCCGUCGAUGUCGCCGUACUGCCUGAAGGUGGAAACCUGGCUGCGACUGGCUGGGCUCAAGUAUGAGAACAUUGACCACAAGCUGAAGCUGCGCUCCAAGAAGGGACAGCUGCCGUUCGUUGAGGUGAACGGAGAGGAGAUCGCCGACUCGACCAUCAUCAUCAAGGAGCUCGGCCAGCGCUACGAGAAGGAUCUGGACGCGGCCCUGACCCAGGAGCAGCGCAACAUUGCCCACGCGAUGAUCUCGAUGCUGGAGAACCACCUGAACUGGGUGCUGCUGUUCUGGCGCAGCAAGAACCCCGAGCACAUGAUCAAGGGCUACAAGGUGAACCUGCAGCACGCCCUCGGAAGCCGUCUGCCGAACGCGCUGCUCAACUUCUUCUUCAAGUUCCAGUACGGACGCAAGUAUUUACAGGGCAGCAAAAAGGUGAAGGCCCAGGGUCUCGGCGUCCACAAGCCCGAGGAGAUUGAGGAGUUUGGCAAGCAGGACCUGAAGGUGCUUUCGGAGCUGCUGGCCGAUAAGCCGUUCUUCUUCGGCGAUGAGCCCACCAUUCUGGACUGCGUGGCGUUCUCCGUGCUGGCCCAGAUCCACUUCAUCUCGGACGAGGUCAAGUACACGCUGAAGGAGUUCAUGCAGGAGAACUGCCCGAACCUGGUGGGGCACGUGUCCCGGAUCAAGGAGCGCUGCUUCCCCGACUGGGACGACAUCUGCACCAAGCUGGACCUGAACGCGCACCUGCCGAAGCCGGAGCCGGAAACCAAGGAAAACAAGGAGGGCGCCGACACGGAGAAGACCGCCGAGCAGGACAAGAACGAGUCGGAGAAGGAGCUCGAGAAGGACAACGCGACCGAGAAGACGGAGAAGAAGGAGGGCGCGGACGCGGACAACAAGCCGGAAAAGGCGGCGGUGGAAGAAAACAAAGAAAAAGAGGAAGCUGCCGCUAAAUAAGUUGGCGGAUGCGAGGAUUAAAUUUAUGUGUCUAAUUUACAUUUUUUUUUUGAAUUUGGUUUUUAUUUUCUCCGCAAAAAAAACAAAAACACACACCGAUAAACAGACUCUCUCUCCUUUUGUUAGUAAUGACAGCAACAAUAACAGCUAUUUGCGAGAAAGUUUUAGUUGGUUUUCUUCCGAGUUAGCAACACACACACACCCUCACAAAUGUUUCGGUUCAUAAUGAGAGAGAGAGAGAGCGAGAGUGGGUAAGAGAAAGAGCGUUGCGAACGGGAUGAGAGCGAGAGAGAGAGCGAGAGCAUCGCGUGAGCGAGCGAGAGAUUAGAUAGAAAGAGAGCAUUUUUUUCGUGCAAAGUUAGUGGCUUCCCUUUAAGCACACAGAGAAAGAAAAAAACACUCAAAUUUGAUGACAAUUUUCGUGACAACAAAAAAACUACCUUUUGAUCUGUUUUCUGUUAUUUUUUAAGUUGAGGCAGAGAUUGGAGAAAAAGAGAGCGAGGGGAGAAAUGUGUGAGAGAGAGGUUGGAUCCACCAGGAGUGAAGAGCAGAGAGUGCGCGAAGAGUUCGAAUGAGAGAAUAUUGUUCAUUGCUAGAGAAAUUGACACGAGCCAGGACAGGACAGGAGGGAAUUUCAAAUUUACUUUUAGUGCUAGGACAUCAGUAAAAUACUCAAAAAUAUUGAAAAUCACAACACCGCGAGUCUGGCGAGAGGGUUUUCCGUUCAGUGUGACGCCGUUUGUCGUCACAGGAAAAGGGAGCUCGAUCGCCGGCGGAAAAGAUCAGUUUUGUUCGUUCUGCACUUUUUUUAAGUAAUGCUAUCUUUUUGUAGUAAUACAAUUCUGAAGAACGCCCGCGUGUAAUAAUGGUUUAUUAUUACAUUUAUAUAUUUUAUAUAUUAUAUUUUCGUAUAUAUUUAUAGUAUUUUAUAUCAAUUUUAUGUAUAGUACAGUCUCUACUUCUCUUUAUAUUAGUUUAAGGGUAAUACAAAAGAACAAGAAGAAGAUCGAUUAUUUCCAAAUUUGUGUUUUGUACAAAAUUUUGCCAAGUGAACGAGUUUCCCAUUACUUCUCAGAACGUUUUUAUUCUUCAGAUUGAAGCUAAAGAGUAAAAACCAGGCAGAGGGAAAUUAUCAUUCAGAGAGAGAAAAGUAUAGCGUUUUCUUUUUUGUUUGUUUGGAUCUGUAAGUGUAAACACGUUAAGAAACGGCAAGAGCAAGUAAAACGAAACGGUUGCAAUUCACGUAUAGAGCAAAUAAUGCAAAAAAACGUAAGCUAUAAUUCCCCCCGAAUCAACAACUUAUUCUUCGUUCUAAUCGUCCUCUCUUCGGAACACAAAACACGUUCUUCAUCAAAGUCAAUAGACAAAACCCAACACACACUACUUUCUAAGGUCCUAUUCCUUCGUUUUCACACGAAAAAAGAAAAAAAAAUCAUACAGUAAUGAAAGAGUCUAGAAAAUAAGCGAACAAUCUCUCCAUUUCACAAAAACUCACAAAAAAACGGAAAAACCACGCGCCACAUUCAAGAAAGAAAAGAAAAAAAAUGAAGAAAAAAAAAUCCGACAGCCAACGGAAAGUUUCGUUUAAUUAGGUUUAAAAACUCUGCAUAAUAAAGAAAAUAAAACAGUGAUAAUAAAAACAAAAAAAAAACGAAACUGGAGUUGCACUUUUUUCGCAUUGGACCCCAAAGUGAGGAGGUCCGACGAAAGGUUUCUUUCAAAUGUAACGAAACACUGCCAAACCACGAAUCAAACUACCCUCCGGAAGGUUCGUCCGUUGUGGAAAAAGAAGUGCGGAAGGCUCUUUCAACUCUGCUCUCUGCUUGUCGUUUUUUGGUUUUUGGUUUCGUUUCGUUUCGUUUGGUUUCUUCUCGUUAUUGGUUGUUUGUUUUUGAAAAUGGUAAGUUUAUUUUAUAAGUUAAACAAAUCUCAAAAUUUAUUUUUCCGAUUUUCAGCAAAGCUCAACUUUAAAUCGCUGAGGCAAUCUUGUGAAGAUUCCCAAAAAGAAAAAAAAAAUCUGGAAUGGAAUAUGAAGUCCAAUUGUACUGCCUUGUUUUUUAAGAUUCAUAAAAAUAUGGCUACUGAAAAGAACCUUUUUGAAGAACGAGUUGUUUUGAAAAUCAGUUUUGAAAUAAUGCUUAUAGAGGAGCCUCAAGUUCCUCAAGUAUUAAAAGCUUUCAAAUUGAGUAAUAUUGAGCAUUAUUUGACGUUGAAAACUUUCACACUGAAAUUUUUAAAAUAAGCUGAACGUGUCAUAACAUAACAUAAGAUUUUAAAGCUACAAGCUACAUGUUUGAAACUUUUUAUUAUGAAACUGGACAUUUGGAUGAGCUCUUUCUGAAGUUUUAAACUUUUUGAUUCUACCGAUCGAAAAGCCUUGUAGUAAAUAAAUUAUCGAUGAUUUUAAGUUUUCAAUUUGAAAAACUUGGUCGAUGAGCCGGGAAUCCCCACGUUUCUUAUUCCCUUGUCAGAAAUCAGAAAUGUGAUACGUGAUUAAACUCAAUCCAAUUCAACAAAUCAUCGUAGCGGUUAACUUUACGAAGUGGGCCUGACCUUUUAGAAAAGAAGGAUGUUGAAUGUAGCCGCCUUGACAUUCUCCAGGAUGCUUCUGUGCUAGGGUUAGAUAAGAUUAGAUUAGAAAAACUUGUUCGAGACUACGACAAACAAACAAACCCGCACUCUUUGACAGUUUGCCUACUUUGUUUGUUAGACUCCAUUUGUCUGCAGAAACGUCAGCUUGCAUACAUUUUGUUUGUUUACGAGUUUGCGCUAACUGUCAAACACAAAAAAGGCUUGUUUGUUUGUCACAGUCUAAUACCUCCUUUAAGUUAAUGGAAAACUGCGUGCAAACUUUUAUAGAUUCUAAAGGAAGUACAGACAAACAAACAACAUUUUUGAUAAUUUGACAGUUUGCCUGCUCUGUUUGUUUACCUGCAUUUGUUUGCAGAGUUGCCAGCCUGCCUACAUUUGACUUAGUUUGCGAGUUUGCCGCAAGCAAGUUUGAAAGUUUGGCAAACCGCCAAAGUGCGAGUUUGUUCGUUUGUUUGCCAUAAUCUAGUAGCUCCUUAACGUGAAGACUUCCAUCAUUGUCAUGAUUUUUCGUUCAAAGAUAUAAAUUUUGCGUCACUUUCAAUAUUUUGACAAAAUUCCUUCAACAAGUUGUUUAGAAUAGUGCCCUACACAUGCUGAUUCCUUUGGUAACGAUUAUCCCAUUCCUUGUAAAGUUAUGGAAAUCGUCAUUAAUCAAUGAUUGCCAACUAGGACGUCAAUAGAGGAGAAAAGCAACUCGCGACAAAAUUUUGAGGCUAGGAAUUUUGACAGGUAUGAUUUUCAUAAAGUAUUCGCCUCCUUUUCUCUCCCACAGAAAACCUGGGAACGAGCUAGCCGUCAAACUAGGCCAAAAUGUUAAAGUCACUCACAAAAUGAACUUUGAGUGAUUUGAGUUCAUUUCUGACGUCACGAUUUUCUCCUCUAUGACUGUGCCACAAAAUUAUAUAAAUUUUGAAGCACAAUUGAUUUAGAUCAAAAAUUCCUUCAGUGGCUUCAAGAUGGCAACAUCCGGCACAUGCUGAUUCAUUUUGGUGCUGAAAUUCGUUAAAAUGAAUUUAAUACAGAAUAUUUUAUAGUGAUGAUCAAAUUUCUUUGAAAAUGAUCAACGGCUUCACCUUAAGCUUAUGAUAUAAACUUUGGAAGUUUUUCAUGAUGAUGACAUUGAUCAAAAAGCUUUCCUUUUCAUGAAACUUCUCAAACAAUUAAAAAUUCUCAAAUGUCAAAGCAUAAGCUAUGGAUAGUUUUUGGCAAGAAGCCCUUAAAUAAAAUGAAAACAAAUAUGCUAAAGUUUGAAUAUUUUUGAUGACGGACUUUCAAAGUUCUCUCAUAGCAGAUUCUUAACCCUCUAGCGUCCAUACUAACAACAGUGCAGUGCAUCACUAAAUAUUUACUUCAAAUUGUUAUAAACAGAAUUGUCUUGCUUAGGUUUUAAUUUGUAUGUUUACUGAAAUCAAUUAAAAUUUCAUCCAAUUUGGUGAAUUCCGUAAUAAAAAAGGAAAAUCUCGAUUUAGUUGUAGUCUAAGAGAGUUUUGAUUAUGCACAUUUUGACAGUUUGAACUGUUAUGCUAAUUGUCAAGUUUUUUUUUUUUCAUAAAACUCGAAAUGUAAAAUAGUAGCUGGUCCCUCCAGCUACUUAUCAACGCUGCGGAUUUUGUUAAAUAGUUUAGCUAUUUAAAAAGGAAACUUUUUAAAGAAUCGUUCAGUUAACAUCUUGAAUCAAGAAACGCAGAAAAAAAUUCUGCUUGGAGCUUUCAUGGUUUUUUUUAAUUUCAAAAGUUUUCUGAAAUGUAAAUCUAAAAAAAAACUUUUGCAGAAGAUUUUUGCAAUUUACAACUCUCAAACAUGGAUUAUUUUUAAAAUUUACUUGGUAAAAUGGAUAUUGAGAUUGAUGUUCUUAUUCAAGGUAUACAUUUAUAAUUUUUAUAUUUUUUAUUAUUAUUUAAUUUCCAGUUCAUUAUCAAAAGUAAACGAUGAUUUCAUGGUUAUGCUCCAAAAAAACUGAAAAUUGCUUGGUUUCAAGCAAACGAUUGAACACAACUGACGAAAAAGAAAACGUAAGAAUUGCAAGUGCUUUGUCAUAGUUUAUUUCCCGCCCCCCUCAGAGUGUACACAAGAAGUCGAAGAGGAAGUGAGUUGCAGCAGCUGCAUCGAUUGACCUAGCUAUGAAUGAUAAUUGUUGAGAAACUUGACCAAAAUUCGCUUAUUUUUUGUAAAAUGGAAUGCAUUUCGUUGCGAAACAAAACAAAAACUAGCUUCAUUGAACAGUUUCCAUUUCAAUUUGGUAUUGCUCAUACGCACACUUUGAAGUCACAUUUUUUUUUGGUAAAAAGAAUAAAUAAAACUGAUUAGUAGUAGAAUGGUACAUUUUAAAAAGAAUCAACUGAAAUAGACAACAUGAAUAAAAAGAAAUAAGCAAACAACAAACUGUUAGGGAAUUAAACGAAAUUAUCCUACCGAAUUCCAGCGUGUUGACACAGUUACACACAAAGACAAAAACACACACAACCACACUAAACGAAUCAAAAGCAGCAGUAACAAAGAAUAUUUGCGAUUUUUUUUUCUCGAAAAACAAAAACAAAUAAAAAAUAGAAAAACCAAAAAACGGAAUACUGUCAUUCGCUCAAAAAUUUGUAAAACAUUUUUAAAACAAAUCGCGCCACUUUAAGUGGCCGUUGUCAUUUUUUGUAUUAACUCUACUGUAUGUGAAAAGAAGUAAACAAAAUAGAGAGAAUAAAACGCAUCGUUUUUAUCAUUGAAAACAUCACUCAUUACAAAGCAACAAAGAAAAAAAAGCGAAAUAAGAAAAUAGAUUAAAAAGCUACAUUUGCAUCUGUAUGUUCGAAAUAGUCAGCUCAUAAAAAGUAUAAUCAAAAAGAUGGAAAUCACAUCACAUUUUCACACACUCAUACACCAAAAACACACACACACACACAACCACAUUCACAACAGCAGAGCAGACGAUUUAGAAGGCGACUCUCACACUAAUUAGCGGAAAAUAUUAACUUUAAACUAUAAAAAACAUUAUUAUUAUUACUAAUAAUAAGUAGGUAAUAAAAUAAUCAUUAAAGUAAGUUGAGGAAAAAAACAACUCAUAAGUCAUGCCAUCUUUGAGACGGAAAAAAACAUCAAUAACACCGAUUAGGCUUUUGUAGUGCCAACGAUGGGCAACGAUAUAAAUUGUGCUUCAGUCAUCAUAUAGAAAAAAAUAACAACUCAUAAUUCAAAAAAUACCAGAAAUCGAACAAAAUGAGCAUAUUGAAAGAUUCCAUCCUUUCUCGUAAGGCAACCAACUAAAUAAAACAAACCAAAACAAAAUAAGGCACAAAAAACAUCGUCACAUGGCUCAUUUGAGAAAUGGAAGAAACAAGUUUCGUAAAUUCUCAUGCGAUUGAUUUACCUACAAUGUAAUACACAUACACUCCGAAUUGUAAACAGGCUUGUAAACGUACCACACACACAAAAAAAAAACAACAGUUUUUAAGGAAAACUUCCACGCGCGUAAGUUUAUGUUCUCCGUUUCCUUACACCUGAUAGGGGGACAAAGAAUCCAGUAAUGACAUAGAUUAAGUGUGAGCUUGAUAUAUUGAAAUAUUGAAAAUGAAGAAAGGAUAAAAAUGGAACAACUUAAAAAAAUGAGAAUUCAAAAGAAAAAGAACAAAAGGUAAUGAAAUAUUAUGUAAUGAAAUAAGAAGAAGACAAAAACACAGAAAUGUAUGUAAUCUGUAUUACAUUGAAUAUUGUCAAUAAAAGUAUAUAAUAAAG